AUGACGGACGACGUGCAAAUGGAACAGAUGGCGCCUCUCGUGCCACCCGAACUGGCUCGGCACCAACUCUCUCCCUCGCCCACCACAAUACCACCAGAGCCUCCAACUAUUGUCAUGGGCCCGGCUAUUCACGUCUUCAAGUGGUGUUGGGAUCUCGUGAGGCCUGCCUUGCUGACAACCGGUCCACGACGAAAGCUAGGGCCUACUGCCUACCUCGACGGCUUGCGAGGCUGGGCCGCCUUCAUGGUCUACUGGCAACACCACCAAGUUUGGGCUCGCGUCGGAAUUUCUGCCGAACACAUCUUUGAGAACUCCUGGGGAUGGGACAAUCGCUACUACUUUUGCGCUUUUCCUUUCAUCCGAAGCCUCUUUACUGGCGGCCACUGUGCCGUCGCUGUCUUCUUUGUCAUAUCCGGUCGCUUGAACGAGAGUCUCUCCUCGGCACUAUUUCGCCGCUGGCUGCGCCUUUACAUUCCCUGCAUCUGCACGACCUUUCUCUACCUGACCAUGUGGCACAUGUUUGAUAUUUGGACUGCCUACCCCAAACACCAGUCAACCUGGACCGAUGAAGUGUGGAAUUGGUACGUGGAACUCAAAGGAUUUAGCUUCGUCUACCGCUCGACGGGCCCAACUGCCCCGCCAUGGCUCACCUAUAAUUUCCAUCUAUGGUCCAUCCCCGUCGAAUUCAGAGGAUCCAUCCUCAUCUACACAUCCAUGUUUGCCUUCACCCGCUGCACACGAAGCGCACGUAACUGCCUGAUGCUCAUUCUAAUCUUCUACUUUAUAUAUAUUGUCGACACCGCUCACUACGCCAUGUUCACUGUAGGCAUGCUCUACUCGGACCUCGACUUGCAGGAGAAGGCCGGUGAUUUGCCCAAAAUAUUCUAUAGAGCUAGAGACUUCUUAGGUCGUUCUCGGAAGCUAUUCUGGUACCUCAUCUUUGGAAUUGGCAUGUACCUCAGCGGUGUACCAUCUCUCCACAAUGAUAUACCAUCGCUACGAAGAUCGCCUGGAUGGCACUACCUAUCUUACCUGACUCCCGAAACAACGUUGGACUUUAAAUGGUUCUACCUAUUCUGGGCAUCGGCAUUUCUUGUCAUUUCCAUUCCUAGGAUCCCGUGGCUAAAAGCAUUCUUUGAAACUAGAUUCUGUCAGUAUCUCGGCCGCAUUUCGUUUGCUCUCUACCUCGUGCACGGACCAGUGCUCUGGACCCUGGGUGAUCGCGUCUACCUGGCCGUAGGUUGGACCCGGACUGAUAAUAUUGAAGGGCUCAAGAGCUGGUUAAACCUGUACCCUAUCUCGCGUGCUGGACCUUUAGGCAUGGAACUUCGCUUCAUAAUUCCUCAUCUCUUCAUACUCCUUCCUUUUACAUUAUGGCUGGCAGAAAUCGUAACCAAGCUCUUUGACGAACCUAGUGUACGCAUAUCUCAAUGGUGUUACCGUAAAACUCUGUCGUCCUGA